GUACUUUUUAUUUGCAAUGAUUAGUGAGCGCUUUCUUGUUAAUUACGCCUGGUUAUGAAUGACUUCGUUGUGUUAGUUAUAUUGAUGUGUGCGCGUUCGGGUGCCUCGCAUGCCGUCAAAUCAGGACGUCGGAAAAUUCUGGUCACCCUCAAUUACUACGACGUCGAAAGGUUGCACAAAAAUUUCUAUCAUGACGAAAGGCGCCUUGCUGCAGUGAUUAUUUCCGACGAAGACGGGACAAUCAAUGUGGAAGGAGUUAUUGGGCCUAACCUGAAAAUAAAACCCACUGAAAGCUUUGAGCGCUCUGAACAUGGACGUCGGGCACAUAUCAUUGAAGCUAUUGAAGACGGCGAUCCUGUUCGUGUUUAUGGCAAACUUCGGGAACAGGAAGUUACAGUCCAUGAACGUGCCUCCAGUGGAAAAACUGGUUUUGAUCCAUCAAAGUACGCCGUGGAAAUUAUUUUUCCCGAAAUAUUUUUUGUAUGUGACUCAUGGUUUCGAAGCGGAUUUCGUACCAAUGAGAGCAUGAUAGGGUAUUUGAUGGUCACCCUUAAAGUCGUGAAUUUACGGUACCGCCCGCUUCGCUCCCCUAGAAUUCAGCUUGUGUUACGAGGAAUUGAGUUGAGCCACUGGACCCAGGAACACAGGUACUACAAAUACGUCGGAGGUGACGACAUUGAUGGAUACGCGUCACUUCAAAAUCUUGUUAAGUUUUUGAAUGAGACCAAAGAUAGAUACAAAACGUUUGAUUUGGUUUACUUUGUAACAGGGUACGACAUGAUUGUACUAGGCAGUAAUAGAAGAGAGGAGAGUCUUGGGGGCUACGCAUUUGUGGCGUCCGUCUGUAGUGACCACCGGAUGCAACUUGGCGAAGACAAGGCACACACGUACAAAGGGAUUCGCAUCACAGCGCACGAAGUGGCGCACACGUUGGGGUGCUCACACGACGGUACGUCUGCGCCAGGUGUUGCGAAAACAUUUGUACCUAACUCUUUAGGAUGUCCAUGGGAGGACGGCUACAUUAUGAGCUAUAUGGAAGAAGACAGCAGAAGUAUGAAGUUCUCUUCUUGCUGCAAGUACGAUAUGGCCCAGAUGUCAUGGGCAUAUGAGGGCUGGUGUUUGCAUACGAACGAUUCCAAGGUAAUGCCCCUGAACUGGAAGAACCGUGCCAGACUACCUGGGGAAUUUUUGAACAGAGAUGUGCAAUGCCGUCUUACGUACCCUGACCUCUACAGAACUCACUAUAUGAGAAGCAUGGGGUCUAGGAACUGCUUGGUUUAUUGCUUUGUACCGGGGGACCAGUAUGGAGGAGCUGAUCAUCGCUGGCCUAUGUACCUUAUAGACGGCAGCCCUUGCGGACACCAGAACAAAAGUAUAUGUAUAAAUGGAGACUGCGUCCCAGACAGAAGAAGGAAACGUCGACCGAGAACUUAACAGGAGGAAAAAUAAAAAAAAGAUAUAUCUACUAUAUAACAUUGCUUUUCGUCACAUGCCAUUACUAAUGUGGCAGGUAAUAAAAUUAUGAUGAAAGUCUGUUCUACUCACACGCUCAUCAAAUUGAAGGAAAAAGCUGGAUUAUUGUACACCUAACGUUUAUGAUUCAGAAUCACCACUCAUUGUGCGUCAUGCAUUUUUGUCACGACUUUUGCCAAAGUUUGUGGUACGCAGAAAUUUGCAUCAUCACAUCAUUUAAUUUCGGCUGUAGUAACGUGCAAAACUUUCUUCUCAUUUGUCUCAAUCUUUCAUGUUUAUAUUGUUCAGGAAAAUUGGCUGAGCUUCAACUGUGAAUAAAUAUUUAAUUAU